AGCUGACCCGCGGGGAGGUGCUGUCCCUUCUAGUUCGUCUGGCCUUUGCAACUGCUGCAUCAUACAUCACUGUCAAACUUUUGGUAUCUGCCAUGGAUCCCACGGCCAAGCAGAAAAAAGAUGCCAAGAGGAAGGCACAGGAAGUGAUGCAGAGACUUGGCAUCACGCAGAAGGUUACACUCAGUGAAUAUGAAAUGAUGAUUGCCAGUCAAUUGGUGGAACCAACACAACUUUCUACAUCGUGGAGAGAUGUGGCAGGCCUUUCAUCUGUCAUCCGAGAUUUGCGGGAAACACUCAUAUUACCCAUUCAGCAGAGAAAUCGACUUCAGGCAUCAAGGCUUAUUCAGCCUCCCAAAGGUGUGUUACUGCAUGGGCCUCCAGGCUGCGGCAAGACUCUCUUAGCCCGUGCCAUUGCCAAGGAAGCUGGUUCUCGCUUUAUCAACCUGGAUGUUGCAGCCUUGACAGACAAGUGGUAUGGAGAGUCUCAGAAACUCUCCUCAGCCGUCUUCUCCCUAGCCUCGAAGAUUGAGCCAUGCAUCAUAUUUAUUGAUGAAAUUGAUUCAUUCUUACGUGUGCGUGCGACUGGAGAUCAUGAAGCAACAGCCAUGAUGAAAGCACAGUUCCUGCAGCAGUGGGAUGGCCUUGCCACUGAUCACAGCCGCUGUGUCAUAGUCAUGGGUGCCACCAACAGGCCUAAUGAUGUGGAUCGUGCCAUACUUCGUCGCAUGCCAGCUGCCUUCCACAUUCCUCUGCCAGGUUUGCAACAGCGUGAAGACAUCCUCCGCUUGGUCUUACGUGAUGAGUCCAUGGCAGACGACACUGACAUUGCCAUCCUUGCCAGACAGACAGAGAGCUUUUCUGGGUCAGAUUUAUUAGAAUUGUGCCGUACAGCAGCUGUAUACAGGCUUCGUCACCUGCUCAGUGAGACAUGUGGUCAGGAAACAGAGGCUGUGCCACUGCAAGAACGUGAGAUGAGCGAGUCAACAGAGCCUCUACGGCCCAUAACAAGAGCUGACUUUAAACAGGCCCUUACCAAGAUGAGCGAGUCAAGAGUGUACAACAGACAAGCUGAUGCAUUAGUCAAGAUAGACCUUGACUGAGGCUGGUGAACCUAGGGAUUGUUAGUGUUACCCAGGGACGGCACAGUGGUCAAACCACCUGAUAUUCGGGUAAAAUGUCUCAAUUCUGUGAUGCAACAUUUUAUAAUUCAUUAUUCAAAUGUUACUUAAAUUUUUAAAGAUAUAUUCAACAAAUGUCCAACCUGAAGUUUUUUAAUAUAAACAAAUUAAAAAUGGAAAUUGGAGUUCAUAAGUAAAUGUGGUAAUAUUUUAGGCCCCUAUAAAAAUAAAGGAUUGCAUAAAGACUCUUCAUUGUGUAGAAGAUUAUUAGUGUGCAUGACAUGAAUGUUUGCGUAAGAGAAUUGAAUGUUAAGUGAGGAAGCUUAGUGACAGUAGACCAAGGUAUGAACUGUCCCAUACCUGGUCACUGCGAAGUGUUUUAUGUAAACCUGUAGCACCAAGUCCACUGACUGACAGGCUAUGCAAUAUGGGUAGGCCUAGCGAGAGGGAGUGUGUGUGUGGGCUUGAAGGGUUCACAUGGGAAAUAUGAGCUAGCAACACACACACACCCCAGUAAUAUGGGCUAGUCAUUAAUGCACUUGCUUAAUCUGCCACCCCUUGUACUAAUGCUGUGUGUAAUCAUAAACAUUAUACAUAGUAUUAGUACAUCAAUUAGUACAAUUAGACAUUAGUGUAAUGUAUAACAAGUACAUUAGAACUAAUUAGUACAUUAGAAUAAUUAGUACAUUAGAGCUAAUUAGUACAUUAUUAUACAUUAAACAUUUGUUUAUAUUGCUAUAAACUGAAGGAUAAAUUUGCACAGGAUACAACAAAUUUGUUAUUAUUCUUGGGUGCUUCCGUAGCAGUUUAUUAUCAGCCAUUGGUGAGUAAGAGUAAAAGGUAGAGACACACUUGUGUUCAUCAUAUUAACCUGACUAGCUAAUUUUAGCGCGCACAGGUGUAAGAACCCACAGCAUUACCCCAUCACUCCAUAUACCUGGAUGUAUAUGGAGCGGUGGGUGAGGUACUAGGUGAGUGUCCAGGUGUAUAUGAAGCAGUGGGUGAGGUACUAGGUGAGUGUCCAGGUGUAUAUGGAGCAGUGGGUGAGGUACUAGGUGAGUGUCCAGGUGUAUAUGAAGCAGUGGGUGAGGUACUAGGUGAGUGUCCAGGUGUAUAUGGAGCAGUGGGUGAGGUACUAGGUGAGUGUCCAGGUGUAUAUGGAGCGGUGGGUGAGGUACUAGGUGAGUGUCCAGGUGUAUAUGGAGUGGUGGGUGAGGUACUAGGUGAGUGUCCAGGUGUAUAUGGAGCAGUGGGUGAGGUACUAGGUGAGUGUCCAGGUGUAUAUGGAGCAGUGGGUGAGGUACUAGGUGAGUGUCCAGGUGUAUAUGGAGCGGUGGGUGAGGUACUAGGUGAGUGUCCAGGUGUAUAUGGAGCAGUGGGUGAGGUACUAGGUGAGUGUCCAGGUGUAUAUGGAGCAGUGGGUGAGGUACGAGGUGUAGAGGGCAUCCCAUGAUGUCUAAGACAAUUUCAAACUUUUUUAUGGCCAUGGAACCUUGAUAUUUGCAAAACAUUUUCAUUAAACUGUGACCAAAAGGCAGUGCUGAGAGGGUGGUAAUAAAACAAAAUUUUUAA